AUGUCACCUGUUCGUCACUCUGAGUUCCUUUUGGAGCAGCUGAGAGGUCAGCGCGAGAGAGGCUUUCUGUGUGAUUGCACUGUGGUUAUAGGGAAUUCACGUUAUCAAGCUCACCACAACGUUCUGGCCGCAUUCAGUGAGUACUUCGCCACGCAGUGCACUGAAGCUGGACGAGAGGACGCCACUAUAACUCUGGACCCCGAAUGGGUUAAUGUGUUAGUGUUUGAAAAAGUGUUGGACUACAUAUACACUGGAAAUUUAACUUUAGACAGUGGAGAGAUGCAGAGCUUCAGAAAAGCUGCUUCUUACCUGGGGAUGCCAGAGAUGCUUGUUCGUUGUGAUCUCAUCCAGGAUGACGUGAAACCAGACUUCACUACAAUGAACAAGACGAAUGAGGCAGAGUCACAGACAGAGGGUUCCCCACCCAGCCCAGACGUUUAUGACCCACUCUCACCAAUUGUAGAGCAGGAAGAAAUGAAUGAGGUGCAGAAUGACCCACAGACGGAACAGGCACCAUGUCCCACAACGGAGGAACAACCCUCAUCAAGUGAGCAGACACCCCAGAGAACAGGAAAAAGAGAAAGGAAACCACGGACCAGGCUUUACGAGGACGAUACUGAAAAAGAGAGUAGAUCUGACGAUGGCGGAGAGGGGAGAGGGAAAGGGAGGGGAAGAGGACGACCAAGAGGUCGACCGAGGACCAAGCCGUUGCCCUCUGUGUUACUUGAACCCAGCAGCCUUGAAGCAGCUACUGUAAGGAACCAAAAAGAAGGUGGAGGGACUGGACGACCCAGAGGCCGUCCACGGAUUAGGCCAUUACUCUCUGAGACUCACAGUCCCACCAACCCAGAUGAGGACACUGAACAAACAGACACAAACCAAUCGAAAGGGACCGGACGAGGUAGAGGCAGGCCAAGAACCAGGCCUUUGGCUUCUGAGACCACCGAUUCAAUCAGCAAAGAGGAAAACGUGGAAGAGAUGAGCGCUGGUGAUGAGGGCGGGACCACGCGAGGCAGAGGCAGGCCACGGAACAAGCCUCUGACCUCUGAGACACCUGACUCAGCGAGCCCAGAGGAGGGUGAAGAAAUGAAGAACUCUAAAGAGGGAGGAGAAGCCAAACGAGGCAGAGGGAGACCAAGAACUAAGCCUUUACCCUCGGAAACAACUUCUCCAAACGACCCUGGAGAACAGGUAGAAGUGAGUAACCCCAGCCCCUCAGCCUCUGAAGCGACUGAGGAGAAUGCUGCUCAAGCUGACGACACAGAGAGCUUAAGCCAAGCUUCUGAGAUACCUCCAAAAAAGAGGAGGGCGAGUUCAAGGAAAAGAAGCUUAAGCAGAAAGAUGAAAGAGAACCAGGCCAGUAACGACGAAGACAACGAUAAUGACAAUGAGAACAACGAGGAUGAAGAAUGGAACGAUGAGAAGAAGCCCAAAGGGGUGCAGCAGAACAAGCCGCGGACGAAGAUAAAGCCUAUUUGUAACACAUGUGGGAAGCUCUUCUCCGAGAUGAGCAGUCUUCGCAGACACAUGCGCAUACAUAAGGGUCUCAAGCCUUACCAAUGCCAGCUUUGCGGUCGAGCUUUCACACAGGGAAACCAGCUGAAAACACACAUGCGCAUACACACAGGAGAGAAGCCCUUCAAAUGUACCAGCUGUGAAAAAUCCUUUGCACAAAAGUGUCAGCUGGUCUGUCAUCGACGUAUGCAUCAUGGAGAGGAAAAGCCAUUCAAAUGUGAACACUGUGGUCUGAUGUUUGCCACAGCCAGCAAUUUGAAAAUCCACUGCAGGAAGCACAGCGGAGAGAAGCCCUACGAAUGCAGUCACUGUGGAAAGCGUUUCACCCAGGCCAGCACGCUGAUGUAUCACACGCGCAGACACACGGGGGAAAAACCCUACGUCUGCGACACCUGCGGCAUGGCUUUCGCCGUCUCCAGCUCUCUCAUCACUCAUAAUCGCAAACACACAGGUGUGACUCCUUAUGUCUGCCUAGACUGUGGGAAACCCUGCAUGACCUCUGGAGAGCUCAAAAAACAUAUGAUUACUCAUGAUGACAUGCAGAACCUGAAGAGGCACAAAGCUAAAAAACACAGUGCCGCACAAGAACAAACAGAGCCAGAGACUCGGCCAGAAGACGCCGUCCAGUGCGCACUGAACAUCCCCAUCGACCAUCAGGGUCUGAUAGCACGCGUGCGUACUGCCCUACAGGCACCACCAGAGCCCGCCGUCUCCGUCAUUCCCCAGGAGUCCGCAGAGACUCCACUGGGAAUUGUGGUGGAGCAGUUUGAAAUUCCCACGACGUCUCUCGGUGGAAUGGAGACCACACAAAUUGUCAUUGUUCAGACAAUAGACUAAGCAGCGAGACUGGACUGUCGUAUUAAAUAAACACGUCUUCAAAAAGCUGAUGAGGAAGCUCUCUGUGAUAGGAAAAAAAAAAAACAAUUGACCAUGCCGUUGUCCCCGGAAACACCAAAUUCUGGGCAACAGGUGGAAGAUCGUUAACAUUUUAGAU